CCAGCGGACGGUCGCGGGGAGCCGCUCAGCUCGUUUUUGCGAGACGCCAGCGAGAGAAGCUCGGGGCGAGUCGUUUGGCUCCGGUCUGGUGGCGGUUCUGACGAGUUUGGAUCAGAGGAAAGUUUCGUAGUAGUAUUGUUUUUUCUUUUUUUUUUUUUUAAGUGACUUAAAGUCGCCAACGGACAGGAUUCAAUUAAGGAUUUUCUCACGCUGCAAUUUGGCAACUUUUGGUCUGAAAGCGGUUUCGGUGCUUGGAGGAUGAAGGUGACAUAACUUUGCAUUUUCUUUUCAUUUUAAUUUUUUUUUUAAUUUGGAUCCAUUCGUUGAGAUCCCCUUUCAGUAAGUUAAUCUCCAUGAAGAGUCUCCACCCGGGACUGACACAGCCGCCGGUCGGGUGCUGAAGCCCACAAGACGCAGGGAACCGUGAACCCCCCGCGGCCUGCCGGGAUGGUGCGCCUGCUGAGCUGCCUGCUGCUGGGAUAUCUGACCUGGAAUCUGCGGAUAUCGGAUGCACAGGGGGAGUACUGCCACGGCUGGCUGGGCGCGAACGGGAAUUAUCACGAGGGCUUCCAGUGCCCGGAGGACUUCGACACCAUGGACGCCACCGUGUGCUGCGGCUCCUGCUCGCUGCGCUACUGCUGCGCGGCCGCGGACGCACGGCUGGACCAGGGCAGCUGCACCAACGACAGGGAGGUGGACGAAACCGAGUUUGCGGCGCAGCCCAUCUACGUGCCCUUCCUGAUGGUGGGAAGCAUCUUUAUCGCCUUCGUCGUGGUCGGCUCUCUGGUGGCCGUCUACUGCUGCACCUGCCUGCGGCCCAAGCAGCCGACCCAGCAGCCCAUUCGCUUCUCCCUGCGCAGCUGCCAGGGCGAGACCAUCCCCAUGAUCCUCACCACGGCUCCCCCGAGCCUCCGCGCCCCAUCGCGACAGUCCAGCACGGCCACCACCAGCUCCAGCUCGGCCGGGGGCGGCAGCUCCAUGCGGAGGUUUUCUCUGGGAGGUCAGGGGCAGGGGCAGGGGCACGGCUGCCUGGUGUCUGCCACCGUCUGCUCGUCGGCCACCCCCCCCACCCAGACCCCUCAGACUCUGCCUCCACCUCCACCUCCCCCCUAUACUUCCCCACCCGCACCCAUGUCCGGAGGCAUGCAGCACCCACUGUCCUCCACCCACACCCAGCUGCAGCUCCACCAGCCCUCCAUUCCCUCUCACCCCUCCCAGAGCACCGGGUUCCUGCUGCCCCAGCAGUACUUCUUCCCCCUGCAGCCCGACGCCUUCGCAGCGGCCAAGGGCUUUGCCGACUUCGGACAGAGCUGACAGGGCUCUGGGCAGGGGGAAAUAGAGGGAUUACAAGAUUUCUAGAUGGAGGGUGUGAGCCAGCGAGGACAAACACUGCAGCGCAGCUGGUGGUGUUUGGUCGGAGAGCCCGGGACGGCUGAAGGGACACAGAGAGAGAAACAGCAGGACGAGGGAUGAAGUACAACAAAGCUGCUGCGGUUGAACAUCGUGGCCUGAAGCGCUUCCUGCUCUGCAACACAGGGCACAUCGAAGUUCAGCAGACCUGUUAGAGACAGCAACAAUUCUGAAUCUUAUGCACUUCUACAUCGUAUUGUACACAGAAUUCUGUGGUCUACAUUUUAUUUUUUAUAAAUGCCAUUUUUCAAGGUGGAAGUUUACAAUGAAGACUGAAAUCUUGCCAAUUUAUCACAUACCUUCCUAAAAAAACAGAAGUACUGUACAGGCAGACGGCUCCUGAGACUCUGCUGAGCAUUGUACAUUUUUAGCGAUAUAGUAGAUUUUGGAAACCAGGGAAUUAUGUUUUUUGACAAUCGCAAGGACCUCCGAAAGAGAGGAGGACCUAAUACACAAAGGACAUUUUAUU